AUGAAGAACCAAGAAGGCUGGGACGGAAAAUUACGCAUGGAGCCGAAAGCUGUUAUAACAAAUCCGGAGGCGUUGGAGGACUCGGAUUACUCCGACCCUGAAGCCCCACCAGUGGACGAGAUUGAUGCGGACGAAGAUCUAUUGGAAGGAGAGGACGUGGAUGUCGAGGAUAUCGAUCUUGUCCACUGUCGCAUAUCGUCGAUCGCCGCGCUGCAUUUGGAACGGUUCAACAAGCUCCAGAGACUAUGCAUGCGCCAAAAUCAAAUAUCCCGCGUCGAGUUUCCUUCCAAUGUCGCCGCUACCUUGACCGAGCUUGAUCUUUAUGACAACCUUAUCUCCCAUCUCAAGGGUCUGGAUGAGUUCCAUAACCUGACUAGCUUGGAUUUCAGCUUCAACAAGCUUAAGCAUAUCAAGAAUAUCUCACAUCUUGUUAAGCUCACCGAAUUGUAUUUCGUGCAGAAUAAGAUCUCGCGGAUUGAAGGUUUAGAGGGCUUGACUGUCCUGCGGAAUUUGGAGCUGGGCGCAAACCGGAUUCGGGAAAUCGAAAACCUCGAGACUCUUACUGCGCUGGAAGAACUCUGGCUAGGAAAGAACAAGAUUACCGAGAUGAAAAACCUGGAUACUCUCUCCAACCUUCGCAUUAUCUCCAUCCAAUCCAACCGUCUCACAAGCAUUACUGGCCUCUCUGCCCUCCCUAAUCUCGAAGAGAUCUACCUUUCCCACAACGCCAUCACCGACCUUUCCGGCCUUGAGUCAAACACUACCUUGCGUAUCUUGGACUUCUCCAACAACGAAGUCUCACACCUGGAGCACCUGUCGACAUUGAAAAAUCUCGAAGAGCUGUGGGGAUCUAAUAACAAGCUUGCUAGCUUUGACGAGGUCGAGCGUGAACUGAAGGAUAAGGAGAAGUUGCAGACUGUCUACUUUGAGGGCAAUCCUUUGCAAUUGAACGGGCCUGCUGUGUACCGCAAUAAGGUGCGGUUGGCAUUGCCGCAGGUUUCCCAAAUUGAUGCUACCUAUGUGCGGGUCUGA